AUGGAAGGCUUUAAAUCUGUGAUGCUUCCAGUUGUAUUAAAAGGUGGAGAGAAUUAUCUUCUCUGGUCAAGAACAACGAAAGCUGUGUUAUGUGGUAGAGGGCUAUGGAGGCAUAUAGAACCUCUCACUAUUCAACCUGAAGAGAAAGACACAGCUGUAGCUGUAGCUGAUGAAGUUAAAAGGUUCCAAGAAGAUCAAGCUGUUUUAGCUAUUUUACAGAGUUCUCUUGAUGUUUCAGUCCUUGAAGCCUACUCUUACUGCGAAAAUGCAAAGGAGCUUUGGGAUACUCUCAAAAACGUCUUUGGGAAUGCAUCAAACCUCACAAGGGUGUUUGAAGUAAGGAGGGCCAUCAACAAUCUUGCUCAAGAGGAUAUGGAGUUCAAUACAUUCUUUGGGAAGUUUAGAUCUCUUUGGGCUGAACUUGAGAUGUUGAGGACUCCUACACUAGAUGCUGCGGUCCUAAAUGAAAGGAGAGAGCAGGACAAGGUCUUUGCUCUUCUCAUGGUCCUAAAUCCAGCCUACAACGAUCUAAUCAAGCACAUUCUUAGAGCUGACAAGCUUCCUAGCCUUGAUGAAGUGUGUGCUCAAAUCCAGAAGGAGCAAGGCUCUCUUGGUUUGUUUGGGGGUAAAGGAGAAUUGGUGGUUGCUAACAAGGGAGAGUACGCAGCUGCAAAUAAGAGCUACUACAAACCUGGUGAUAGAAAGCCUGGGGUUUGUGAUCAUUGCAAGAAGUCAGGUCACUUCAAGGAUAGAUGCUAUCUCCUUCACCCUCAUCUUAGGCAAAACCCUGGACCGAGUAAAUGGAAGGAUCAAAGAGACUGGAAGGAUCAAAGAGACCGCAGAGAGCCUAGAGCUCACUUAUCAUAUGAUGCUAGCCCUGUCCAAGAGAAAGGAGACUCUUCAAACCAGCGUGUAGAGGAAGGAGCAGCAAUGACAGCCUCAUCCACAGAAUAUGUGAAGAAGGCUGAUCUUGAUGCCCUAAUCAAAGCUCUUAAGGAGUCUGGUAACGCAUUUCAUACCCUAAAAUCUCAUAAACCUCUUAUUGUUGAUUAUGGAGCAUCUCAUCAUAUGAUUAGUGAUGUUAAGUUGAUUAGUGAUAUUAAACCGGCUGUUGGAAAUGUUAUAAUUGCAAAUGGUGAUAGAAUUCCAGUUAAAGGAAUUGGAAACCUGAACUUGUUUAACAAGAAAUCUGAGGCGUUUUAUAUGCCAUCAUUUACUUCAAAUCUAUUAUCUGUUAAAAGAACCACUUCUGAUCUGAACUGCUAUGCUAUUUUUGGACCUAACGAUGUGUAUUUUCAGGAUAUUAACUCAAGUAAGGUGAUUGGAAAGGGUACAACAAAGGAUGAUCUUUAUGUUCUUGAAGACACUAAGAUCCCCUCUGAUGUAUCUUGUUCGUUUGUUUCUGUCUCUCCUAGUUUAAAUAAUGCAAUUUGGCAUGCUAGAUUAGGUCACCCACACUCUCGUGCUUUGGAGUUGUUAGUGCCUAAUGUUAUUUUUAAAAACAAUGAUUGUGAGGCUUGUAUUCUUGGGAAACACUGCAAAUCUGUCUUCUCUAAAUCUGUGACUACCUAUGAAAAAUGUUUUGAUUUGAUUCAUACUGAUGUUUGGACUUCACCAUGCUUGUCUAGAGAUAAUCACAAGUACUUUGUUACUUUUAUUGAUGAAAAGUCAAAAUAUACUUGGAUAACUUUGCUGCCUUCUAAAGACCGUGUUCUUGAAGCGUUUCUAACUUUUCAAAACUAUGUGACUAACCAUUAUGAUGCUAAGAUUAAAUUUUUGAGAUCAGAUAAUGGAGGAGAGUAUACAAGUCAAGCAUUUAAACAACAUAUUGCUAAGCAUGGGAUAGUGCAUCAGACAAGCUGUCCAUACAACCCACAACAAAAUGGCGUUGCAGAACGGAAAAACCGACACCUAAUGGAGGUAGCAAGAUCCAUGAUGUUUCACACCAAUGUGCCAAAACAGUUUUGGGGAGAUGCAGUUGUAUCAGCUUGCUACUUGAUCAAUAGAAUUCCCACAAGGAUUCUUCAAGACAUGUCACCAUUUGAGGUACUAAACAAAUCUAAACCAUUCAUUGAUCACUUACGAGUGUUUGGUUGUGUAUGCUUUGUGUUAGUACCAGGUGAACAGAGGAACAAACUUGAAGCUAAGAGUAUCAAGGGAAUGUUUGUUGGCUACUCUCCUACUCAGAAGGGGUACAAGUGUUAUAUUCCAGAGACUAGAAGGAUACUAGUCUCUCGUGAUGUGAAAUUUAUUGAAGAAAAGGGCUACUAUGAGAAGAAAGACUGGGAAAGCUUGAGAGAUUUGACUCAGUCUCCGCUGGACAGAGCCACCACUCUUAGGAUCUUACUAGAGAACCUAAGAGAUGGGAAUGUUCUAUCACAGAGUGAAGCUGUGACGGCUCCACAUCCAACCGCUGGAACUCAUGGCAGUGAAGCUGAUCAGAACAAUGAGGAAGAAGUGGUAACAGAGGAGGUUUUGGAAAAUCAAGAGGAAGAUGAGAUUCCAGAACCAGAAGAAUCAAACCUCGAUGAGGAAGUCCAGGGUGAUCAAGAGGAAGUGACUGUAGUUCCUGAACAAGCAGAGGAACAACCAGCCCUAAGGAGAAGUAAUAGGAUGAAAAAGCCAUCUCAUGUACUUGAUACUCGGAUCUACUACAAUAACCAGGCAAUGGCUCAUCCAGUUCAAGCUACCUGUCACUUGGCUCAUUUUCCGAUUGAACAUCAUGUGUUUCUUGUUCAAUUGGAACUUGAAGAAAUUCCGAACUCAUAUGAAGAAGCUCAGCAACAUAAAGUAUGGAGAGAUGCCGUAGGAGAUGAAACCGGUGCAAUGGAAAGAAAUCAUACAUGGGAUGAGGCAGACUUACCUCCUGGAAAGAAGGCUGUAAGUUCUAAAUGGGUGUUUACAAUCAAGUACUUCAGCACUGGAGAGAUUGAGAGGCACAAGGCGAGACUGGUAGCUCGUGGUUUUACACAAACCUAUGGAGAUGACUAUAUAGAAACUUUUGCACCAGUUGCCAAACUCCAUACAAUCCGAGUUGUGCUAUCCUUGGCUACUAAUCUGGAAUGGGAAUUGUGGCAAAUGGAUGUGAAGAAUGCUUUCCUUCAGGGGGAGUUGGAAGAAGAAGUAUAUAUGACACCACCUCCUGGUCUUGAAGAGCGAGUUACACCCGGCAAGGUCUUGCGUCUAAGGAAAGCUAUUUAUGGUCUUAAACAAUCACCUAGAGCUUGGUACCAGAAGCUAAGUCUCACCCUUCUAGAUCGUGGUUUCAGAAGAUCAGAAGCUGAUCACACCCUCUUCACUCUCUCCAGCCAAGAAGGUAUUGUGGUCAUUCUCAUUUAUGUUGAUGAUAUCAUCAUCUCUGGGAAUGACAAGGUAGGGAUUCAAGCUACUAAAGAGUAUUUAAAAUCUGUGUUUGACAUCAAAGAUCUUGGUAAACUGAGAUAUUUUCUUGGAAUAGAAGUUUGUAGAUCUAAUGAGGGUCUGUUUUUGUCUCAAAGAAAGUAUACUAGGGACCUUUUGAAUGUAGCAGGACCACUUGGAGGUGGACCAGUCAAAACACCUCUUGAAGAUACAUAUAAGGCUAACCAACAGGGGGAGGAAGAUGAUGGAUUCUUUGAUGAUCGUAAGCUCUACCGUCGUAUGGUUGGUAAGCUUAUAUAUCUCACUCUCACUAGACCUGACAUAUGUUUUGCUGUGAAUCAGAUUAGUCAACACAUGCAAGAGCCAAGAUUAUCUCAUUGGAGGAUGGUUCUCCGCAUCCUAAGAUACCUAACGGGAGCUACUGAUCAAGGCAUAUGGAUGGGAUGCAAUGGAAGCACAGAGAUCGUCGGAUACUGUGAUGCUGAUUAUGCUGGUGAUCGUGGAGAUAGAAGAUCAACAACAGGGUAUUGCACCUUCAUUGGAGGAAAUCUAGUCACAUGGAAGAGUAAGAAACAGAAGGUGGUAUCAUGUUCAAGUGCAGAAGCAGAAUAUAGAGCCAUGAGGAAGCUGACUACAGAACUCAUGUGGCUCAAGAUGCUGCUUAAAGACCUGGGAAUAGAGACACCAAAUCCGAUCACUAUGCAUUGUGAUAACCAAGCUGCUAUUCACAUUGCAUCUAACUCGGUGUUUCACGAGAGGACCAAACACAUAGAGGUUGACUGCCACAAAGUAAGAGAACAAAUGAAGCUUGGAGUGAUCUUGCCAUGUUAUACAAGAAGUGUAGACCAACUGGCUGACAUCUUUACCAAGGCUGCAAGUCAAAAGACAUGUGAGUUCAUUCAUGGAAAGCUUGGACUCAUUGACCUCUCUAAGCCAUGA